AUGGUGGAACGACUGGAGCCAGCACCUCACGUGGUGAUGUAUCCACUCCGUGACCCACAGCAACGCAGUCUUCUGCAAAAGUCAAUCUGUCUUCUAGAUUGCUUUGAAUUCAGUGACAGACACACCUCAGAGAACUUGGCAGAAGAAUGGUUGAGAGUGGCAAGAGAAUGGCAUGUAGAUGGAAAAGUUGUCUGUUGUGUUACUGACAAUGCAGCCAACAUUACCAAAGCCGUGAAAAUAUUAAAGUGGACCCAUCAUCCAUGUCUUGCCCACACAAUCAACCUGAUUUUAAGAGAUGCUCUGAAGGUGAUGAAGCCCACGGUGGACAAAGUGAAAGCAGCUGUGGAAUACUUCCACAAGAGCACAUUAGGUGCUAAAAAACUAAAGUCUACACAACGGCCAAUGGGAAUGCCUGAGCUAAGGCCUAAUCAAGACUGCCCUACAAGGUGGAAUUCAACGUUUUAUAUGUUGAAACGGUUUCUCGAGUCAAAGGAGGCCAUCAUCUCUACCCUGGCCAUUGUCAGUGCACCUGUUGAUCCUCUGACCCAAGAGGAAUGGGAGGUGGUGGAGGAGGUGUGCAAAGUCCUGGAGCCCUUUGAGCAGGUUACUGUGGAGAUCAGUGGAGAGAGCUAUGUGACAGCCUCAAAAAUGAUAGUCCUGUGUAAGGGUCUGCAGCGAAUCACAGCCAACCGCCAGAGAGAAGCAAAUGCAACCACCACAAGGCAAGUGAUAGAGUUGAUGGAAUUCCUAUGUUCAUCAAUGGACAGAAAAUUCCAUAGAAUGGAAUAUAAUCACGUGCUAUCAGAAACCGCUGCACUUGAUCCCAGGUUUAAGAAGUUAGCCUUCAGUGAUGCCAGAGCGAUUAACGAGGCUCUUAAAAGAAUCACCUCAGCAGCAGGGAGGGACAGCCCCAGCAAGUCAGCUGGCUCAGACACCAGGGCAACAGGAAGCAGAGAGAGCAGAAGCACCAGCAGUAGUGCCACAAACGUCUGCUGUUUGGAUGCUGUUUGAUGAGAGAGCAACUGGGAAUGCAGCACGAAGGAAUCCCUCAGCAGAUGCCAUAAUGGAGGUCCGAUCCUAUUUGGAGGAGCCCCUCCUCCAAAGAUCUGAAGAUCCUCUGAGCUAGUGGAAGAACAAGGCCUCUAUCUACCCAUGGCUUACUAAAUUCAUGACAGGGUGACUCUGCAUAGUGGCCACGUCCGUUCCCUCUGAGAGGGUCUUCUUGAAAACAUGACAAAUUAUUA